CAGGUCCAGCACUACACAACAUGGCGGACGCCACGUGCCAGCCAAAACACAGAGCCUCAUUGCCGCCGCUCUUGGAGUGGCUGGACCGCCUGCUGGCCGACUUUUGGGCUCUCUACAACAGCACCACCACCGGCAAUCUCACGGACCGUCGGGCCAAGACCAGCGGCUCCAGGAGAGGGCGCAACUACAGCCUGAAAGGCUGGGAGGAGAAGGCGGGAGACUAGACACAAGCCAUGGUGGGUCAACAACAGACUCCCAGCGGUGCGUUACCCACCUGACAAGCAGCGAGCUCCGGGUCUGCCCGCCUGAACCCCCCUCUCCCUCAUGGGGACCAUCAACCCUCCCGGGCGAAGACAUCCCGUCAGACACCCCCAGACACGACUCAGCCCAACACCUCUGCUUGAUAGAGAUGGGAAGCCAGGGGGGACCUUACCAAAUCGCCUCGACCGCAGACCCCAGCCACCACCAGCUCCACAACCCCAGCCGGAGACAACAAGCCCAAAGCAGGCUCACCACAGGUCAGGGGACUUUUGCCACCUUACCCUCAGACCACAUCCCAGCUGGGAACUGGAAGAACAUCGACUGGUGCGAGCCCCAUCGAGCACUACUUGGGGCACCAAACCUAAAGCUGAUGGGGAAUCAGUUAAACCGCCCGACCUGGACUUGGCAUCACCUAAUAAGAACGCUACACAUUAGGCUCACCACGAUGUGUACACUUAAAUGAGGCCUGCACCUGAGCUAGCCAUCUUACUAGCAAGCAACAUAUUUUGAAUAAUCGCUAGAAAUAGCUUAAUCAUCAACAUGCAGAAACUCAUAAGCAACUACCAGAACACCUUUCACUAGCAUAAUCUGCAAUAGGAACACCUUACUCUAUAGCACUAAACAUAUAUUACUCUGCUAUGUUUAAUCUUGUAAUUUACCUUCUAUAUGCAGCAACAUAGAACAUAAGCAAUGUUAUUAUAUAUAAAACUGUGCAGUAUCCACUAAUGUCUAACUACUGUCAAGCUAUGUCGAAAAAUGCUUAUCCUAGCUGUUGUGGCAUUG